CCCAAACCAAUGUCCAUUUUAAAAGGUGAGACCUUUGGUUCCUCAAAAGAGCUUUAGGGAUAUCCAAGAGAUCAAAGGCCAGACGUCUCUUUCUGUGUGUUUGAGAGAGAGAGAGAGAGAGAGAGAGAGAGAGAGAGAUGGGUAGGGCUCCUUGUUGUGACAAGGCAAAUGUGAAGAAGGGGCCAUGGUCACCAGAAGAAGACUCAAAGCUGAAGGAGUACAUAGAGAAGCAAGGGACUGGUGGGAAUUGGAUUGCUCUUCCACAGAAAGCUGGUCUGAAGAGAUGUGGGAAAAGCUGCAGAUUGAGGUGGCUUAACUACCUGAGGCCAAACAUCAAACAUGGAGAAUUCUCUGAUGAGGAAGACAGAAUAAUAUGCAGCCUCUUUGCUAGCAUUGGAAGCAGGUGGUCAAUUAUAGCUGCUCAGCUGCCAGGCAGGACUGACAAUGAUAUCAAGAACUAUUGGAACACCAAGCUCAAGAAGAAGCUCAUGGGGAUGCACAUGGCUCCUCCAUCUCAUCAUCAUCACCAUCAUCAGAGAAAUUCAUUAAAACCUCCCCCAUUUCCUUCUUCCUCUCAUCACAAUUACCAAAACCAACCACUAAUCCCAUCUCAACCUCUCUCAUCACUGUUCAAAGACCUUAGCAGUACUUAUAAUAGAUCUUUCUCAUCAGGCUUUGAAAUUCCACAUCUUUCCAUGACAUCCAAUAAUUUUUCAAACACUACCACCAACUCCUCUCUUUUCCCAACCCAAGAGUGCCUGGUGGGUUCCAUGCAGUAUAAUAAUUACCCUGUGAAGAAAAAUAGUAAUCAAAAUAACCUCCUCAUGUUUGGAAGUGAAGGAAGUUGCAGCACUUCAUCUGAUGGGAGCUGUAAUCAGAUCAGCUAUGACAGAGAGAGCAACAUCAAACAAGAAGAAAUGGUUUUCCAGAGUUUUGAUCAAGAUCAGAAUAAUCAGCGGUUCAUGAUGCUCAACUAUGGUAACAACAACAGUGGUUGUAGUACUGGAUCAGCAGGUCAUGAUCAUCACCAUGUGAUCAACCAAUGGUGUGAGAGGCCAGAUGGGUUUGAUCAUCUUGGAGCAGAAAACACAUUAGGGUACUGUGAUCUAGAAGAUGUUAAACAGUUGAUAAGUGGUGGGAAUAAUCUUAAUAUUAGUGUUAAUGGGUCUAAGUCUAACAGCCUCUUUUCCAAUGUCGAUGAAAACAAGACAGAAGAGAAGGUCAUGUAUUUCUACUGAGAACUGAAAUGCUAGUAAUUGAGUACUGACUGACUGCUGUUAAGUAAAAUGAUCAGAAAGAUUUGAUGGGGUAUGGGGUGGUGGGGGAGAUUUCAGGAAAGAAAAAAAAGAAAAAAAGAAAGAAAGAAAGAUUGACUCAGUUUCUUCCCUAGGGGUCUAUAUGUGUUCUGAACUUUGAAAAAGUACCACUUCUGAUGAUAUCUGAAAUGAAACAUUUCUUUUUUUGACAGUA